GCUGGUGCGGCGAGGCGAAUUCACACAAGCAACCAUCAGUUUGUUAGAGGGAAAAAGACGCAGCGAAUUUUAGUUUAUAUUGUUUUUUUGUUCCGAGCAGAAGUAGCGUCAAAUAUGUUGUGCAAGCGAUGUUGUUUGAACUGAAAUCACUUUGAAUGAGAAAAUAAAAACAAACAUUUGCCGUCACUUCAUUUCAUUUUUACUGUUUGCAUUUUUCUAUUGUUCGAAUCGAAAUUCGGAUUUUUUGUUUGUAUUAUGAGAGUUUAGGCAAAAAUGAGUGCAUUCCUAAAGUAUAUUGAUGUGGAAAAUUUUAAAUCGUACAAGGGUUUUGUUUCGAUUGGCCCAUUAAAACGAUUUACAGCAGUCAUCGGACCAAAUGGAUCCGGCAAAUCGAAUUUCAUGGAUGCCAUCAGUUUUGUGAUGGGAGAAAAGACCAACUGUUUGCGAGUGAAGCGGCUUAGUGAAUUGAUUCAUGGUGCUGCAAUUGGACGACCCGUUUCCAAUCGGUGCUUUGUUACGGCCAAAUUUGAAUUGCCCGACGGUACAAAAAUCGAUUUUCAGCGAUCGGUUAUCGGUUCAUCUGCCGAUUACAAAAUUAAUGGCAAGGGUGUGCAAAGUGCCACAUAUUUGGAAGAGUUGGAAAAAUUGGGCAUCAAUGUGAAGGCAAAGAAUUUCCUUGUGUUUCAAGGCGCUGUCGAAAGCAUUGCCAUGAAAAAUGCCAAAGAACGAACGGCACUGUUUGAAGAGAUAAGCGGAUCUGGAUUGCUCAAAGAUGAAUACAAUCGAUUGAAAUAUGAGAUGCAACAAGCAGAAGAAGAGACACAGUAUACAUACCAGAAAAAGCGUGGUGUUGCCGCCGAACGUAAAGAAGCUAAGGCUGAAAAACAAGAAGCUGAUCGAUAUGCACGUCUUAAAGAAGAAGUUGCCGAAAAGCAAAUCCAGUGUCAAUUGUUUCGAUUGUAUUAUAUCGAGAAAGAUAUUCAACGAUUGAUGAACGAAAUCAAAGAGAAGCAAGAAGAAUUGGUUGGCGUUGAAAAGAACAAGGAACAAGCCGAUGAGGUGCUCAAAGAAAAGAAAAAGGAAGCUGGCAAAGCUUCACGUGCAUUGGCCGAGCUGGAGCAGAAAAUUCGUGUUGUUGAAGCUGAAAUGAGUAAAAAGCAUCCGAUGUUCAUCAAAGCUAAAGAAAAGGUGGCACAUUCACAGAAAAAGUUGACGACGGCCCAGAAAAAUCUGGAGCAAGCCAAGAAGGCCGAUGAGGCGCAUCAGGGUGACAUUCAAAAGCUAGAGCAACAAUUGAUAGAGGUGCAGAAUGCAAAACGUGAUUUCGAACAAGAGAUUGCCAAUGAAUCGCAGCGUCGUGGCACGAGCGUUGUGUCAGAACAGGUUCACGUCGAAGAAUAUGAUCGAUUGAAGCAAAAAGCCGAAGCAACGGCUGCAAAAUUUGUGAGCGAUUUGGAAUCGAUAAAUCGUGAGCAGAAAUCCGACCAAGAUUUGCUUGACAAUGAAACGAAUAAGAAGGAACAAAUCGAAGGUCAAUUGGAAAAGUGCCGCUUGGAAAAAGAAGAAGUGCAGAAGCGAAUGGAAAAACUAUUUGACCAUAUUCGAUCAAGCGAACAGGCACUACAAGAUCAAAAUCGUAUCAAAGAUGAACUGAAGAACGAUGUCGGCUCAUCGAAGGAACGCAUUGCCGAACUACAGAAAGAAUUGGAUAUGGUGCGAGAUCAAUUGGGUGAUGCAAAAGGUGACAAACACGAAGACGCUCGUCGCAAAAAGAAACAAGAGGUUGUCGAACUCUUCAAACGAGAGGUUCCCGGCGUGUAUGAUCGAAUGAUUAACAUGUGUCAGCCAACGCACAAGCGGUACAAUGUGGCCGUUACAAAAGUGUUGGGCAAAUACAUGGAAGCCAUCAUCGUUGACACGGAGAAAACCGCUCGACGAUGCAUUCAAAUCUUGAAGGAACAGCGAUUGGAAGUCGAAACAUUCUUACCGCUUGAUUACUUACAAGCAAAACCGUUGAAACAACGUUUGCGUGACAUUAAAGAGCCAAAACAAGUGAAACUGGUGUACGAUGUUCUGAAAUUCGAUCCGCCCGAAAUCGAAAAGGCCGUCCUAUUCGCUACAAACAAUGCAUUGGUCUGCGAAACGCCGGAAGAUGCCAUGAAAGUGGCCUAUGAAAUUGAUCGCAGUCGUUAUGAUGCUCUCGCCUUGGACGGAACAUUCUAUCAAAAAUCGGGUAUCAUCUCCGGUGGUAGCCAUGAUUUGGCGCGCAAAGCCAAGCGAUGGGAUGAAAAGCACAUGGCUCAGUUGAAAUCACAGAAAGAGAAAUUGGCCGAAGAUUUGAAAGAAUUGGUAAAGAAAUCUCGCAAAGGAAGUGAAUUGGCUACAGUUGAAAGUCAGAUCAAAGGAUUGGAAAACCGUUUGAAGUACAGCCAAAAAGAUUUGGAAUCAUCAAAGAAAGCCAUUCAAAAUUAUGAAAAGAAUCUGAAAGAUUUGGAAAAUGAAUUGAAUGCCAUUAGCCCGUUGAUCGGGACCAUUGAACGACGUAUGGCGCAGCGGAACCAAACCAUUGAAGAAAUCAAGCAGAAAAUGAACACAGUCGAAGAUAGAGUGUACGCGGAUUUCUGUAAGAAAAUCGGUGUGGCCAACAUUCGACAGUUCGAAGAGCGUGAAUUAGUGCAACAACAGGAUCGUGCAAAGAAGCAGGCUAAGUUCGAUCAGCAAAUUGAUGGCAUCACAUCUACAUUGGAUUUUGAACGAACAAAAGAUACUCAAGUUAACGUUCAACGAUGGGAGCGUGUAAUUUCGGACGAAGAAGAUGCAUUCGAGAAAUGCAAACAAAAUGAAGAGAAACAACGUGCGGCCAUCGAUGCCGAUAAGGCUCAGAUCGAACUACACAAGACCGAAAAGAAUGAAAAGAAGAAGGAAGUCGACAAUUUGGAGAAAGAAGUGAACAAGGCACGCCAUGAUGUCGCCACAUUAGCCAAAGAAAUUCACAACAUCAACUAUCAGAUUUCAUCGAUCGACACUAAAGUGGAGACAAAGAAGAAUGAACGUCACAACAUUUUGAUUCAGAGCAAGAUGGACGAUAUAAUGAUUCCAAUGAUAAAUGGCAACUUGAAUGACAUUGAUCAAGGUGGUGAUGAUCAGAGUGAUUCGAUGGUUGUUGGAAAUCAAGCCGCUUUGGCUCGUGAGAGUUUGCUCCAAAUUGACUACAAAAAAUUGCCCCGAAAUGUACUGGAAUUGAACAGUAAUGAAGCGAUAAAAAAGAUGAAUGACACGCUACAGAAGGAGUUACAAUCGAAGCAAGACACAUUGGAGCGUAUUCAAACGCCAAAUUUAAAAGCGAUGCAAAAGUUGGAGAGUGUGUCCGAGAAGAUUGUUGCGACCAAUGAAGAGUUCGAGAAUGCCCGUCGUAAGGCGAAAAAAGCGAAGGCCGCAUUCGAAAAGGUGAAGAAUCAGCGUUAUGAGAAAUUCAAAGCGUGUUGCGAUCACAUCACCGAAGAAAUCGAUGGCAUCUACAAAUCACUGGCUCGUAACGAAGCUGCUCAAGCAUAUUUAGGACCUGACAAUCCAGAAGAACCAUACCUUGAAGGUAUCAACUACAAUUGCGUUGCGCCAGGAAAACGUUUCCAACCGAUGUCCAAUUUGAGUGGUGGUGAAAAAACAAUUGCCGCUUUGGCACUGCUAUUCGCCAUUCACAGCUAUCAACCGGCACCAUUUUUUGUGCUUGACGAAAUCGAUGCCGCCUUGGACAACACCAAUAUCGGAAAAGUUGCUUCGUACAUUGUCGAAAAGACCACCAAUCUACAAACAAUCGUCAUUUCACUCAAGGAAGAAUUCUACGGCCAUUCUGAUGCACUCGUCGGAAUUACACCAGACCCUGGCGAUUGUUUGAUCUCAAGAGUCUAUACAUAUGAUUUAACACAAUUUGAGGACACCCUCACAUAGAAAGGCAAUUGCAAACGCCGAUUAAGCAUAAACAUUUUAUGACAACAAUCAACUGUAUUUGUAUUGAAAAUAAAAUCUUCAGAAUAAAUCUCUAUAAAUGUGCGGCAAA